AUGACAUCCAACGUGCGCUUCCCAACAAAGCUAUUAUCGAGAUUAAAGGAUCACACUGGUCCUGUCCACGCCGUUACUUUCUCGGCAGGAACAGGUCAAUAUGUUCUCACUGGCUGUCAGGACCGCAAAAUAAGACUUUUCAAUCCAUUGAAUGGACGACUAAUUCAGACGUUCUCUGCUCACGGGUAUGAGGUGCUCGACAUCGGAGUCAGCGAAGACAAUGCUCGAUUCGUCUCGGGAGGAGGCGACAAGACUGUUUUCCUCUGGGAUGUGGCUACUGCGCAAACAUUGAGAAGAUUCACGGGCCACUCGGCAAGAGUGAACUGUGUUGCCUUUGGGGGUGAAGGGGACUCGAUUGUUCUCAGUGGGAGUUUCGAUGGGACUGUCAAGGUUUGGGACGCGAAGAGCAGGAGUGAGAAACCUAUUAUGAGUUUCUCCGAGGCGAAGGACUCCAUCUCGAGUGUUGCUGUCAACGGGCAUGAGAUCUUCGUGGGCUCAGUCGAUGGGCGCGUGAGAGUAUAUGAUUUGAGUAUGGGCCACGUUGACGUUGACGUUGUGGCUCCUGGAAAAGGUGUCACGAGUGUCACGCCUACGAAAGCUGGAGAUGGCUAUCUGGUGAGUAGUCUGGACAGCAAGAUGAGGUUCUUCGACCGCAGCACAGGAAAAUGUUUGCAGACUUUCCAGGGAGACGGAUACACCAACGAGACGUAUCGGAUGAGGAGUACCAUGGCGAUGGCCGAUGCAUAUGCUAUGACUGGGACCGAAGAUGGAAAAGUCUUCGUGUGGGAUGUGUUGACUGGAGCUCUGGCCCAUCAGGUUUGGCACAAGGAGGAUGGGAGUGCGCAUACCAUUGCUACUAAGAAGGACGUUGUGAGUGCCGUUGCAUGGAAUCAGUUGAGAAAGCAAUGGGCCAGCGCGGGCGGCGACGGCACUGUUGUUGUCUGGGGACUGGACGAAUGA